AAGAAUAAACAAUUCCCUGAAUAAGGGUGUACUGCAAGUUCAUCCCUUUGCUUAACUUCCCCUAGAAGAAAGAGAAGCCUUCUGAGAUACAUAUGCAGAUUAUGAAGUUUGUCAAGAAGUCCCUGUUUUUGCAGAGUGGUGUAUUAAAUCAUCAGACAAACACAGCAGCUGAUCAUGGUGGGACAGCUGGCUUGCCUGUAGCCUGCCCUACCCACACCUGAGGAGAAGCCCAGGCCACCUUGGAGGACAAAAGCAGAGUGCCCACCCAAGCCUGCUCACCUCCACCCAGGCAGGAACAGAGCCAGGCUGUGCUUCAGUGUUCUGGGAUGAAAACGUCUGAGAACGAAAAUUCCAUCAUUGGGCUAUUAUGUUCACCCUUCACCAAUACAAGAGACAAUUUUUAUUUGAAAGUCAAUCAAAAUUUUCUGCAAUUGAUUGGCCUUUCUCACAGCAACAAAAUUCAGUGCAGCAACCCAAAGCCAAUACAGAUGUAUGGCUAAAGCAGCCUCCUGAUUUUAGCUACCGGCUCUAUAGGUCAUCCAACCCUUCUCAGAAGCCACGAGGGAAGGGAAAAGGGGAACUGAAGCCAAAAAUGACCUCUGAGUCCACAGUCAUGUAACAGCUUUCCAGGCUGAGGCCCAGGCUGCUCUCUCCUCUCUCAGAAAAAAAGAACUUGCCUCCUUUUGUCACUCGCUUUCCACAGAUCAGCUCUUAUGAGGCCAAAAUACUGUUCGUGAAGAAUGGCAAGUAUAAGACUGGUGUGUAUGAAGACCCCAAACGGCAUGAUUAUAGGCAGAUCCUGGACUUGAACCACUGAAAGGAAAGCAGGACUCUGAUCUGAAAUUUCUUACAUACAAGCCUUCUGAAAGCAAAUAGGAUCCACAGCUGCUGCUGCCAAAGAAUCCCUGGCCGCCUAAAUCUGCUUCAUUUACAUCCCUCAGUCAUCUGGAGGUAAAAGAAAUAGCACAGCCCAUCACAAUCCUGAGAACUAGAGAGGCUGAGUGCCAUCAUGAGCUUACUUUGGAAACUCCCUGUCCUCUCCACCCAAGAUCAGCAGACAGUGCCAAAAUGAACCCUCCCACACUGCUUUUCAUAGGAAUAGCAGCUGUGCUCUUGAUUCUUAUUACCAAGGAUUGACAGCAGAAAGCUCAACAUGGUCAGUUGAAGAAGAUAGUCGCUAAGUAGUGAUGAUAUUCCUUGAAUGUUCGUCUCAAGUGAUGGAAAGGAAAACAGCAAUCACCUGGCCCAAGUGGAAAGUCAAAACAUGGAGCCAUACACAGAUGUGUUCCUGGAAAGAAUGUACCCAGGAUGAAAGCACAGCUGCAGCUAUCUUUGCUGUUCAAAUGGAUGACUAUUUAGGAGGCAAGCCCGUGCAGAGUAGAGAAAUUCAAGGAUAUGAAUCUACUGAGUUUGUGGGCUACUUCAAAGGAGGAAUUAAAUACAAGGCAGGUGGUGUUGCCUCUGGAUUUAAUCAUGUUGUUACUAAUGAUCUGAGUGCCCAAAGGCUUCUGCAUAUCAAGGGCCGGAGAGUUGUAAGAGCCACAGAAGUCCCGCUGGCUUGGACCAGCUUCAACAAAGGAGAUUGUUUCAUUAUUGACCUUGGAAUGGAAAUCUAUCAGUGGUGUGGCUCAUCAUGCAAUAAAUACGAGCGGCUGAAGGCUACUCAAGUUGCUAUUGGCAUUCGGGACAAUGAACGAAAUGGAAGGUCUAAAUUAAUCACCGUGGAAGAAGGGAGUGAACCAGACCAGCUCAUAGAGGUUUUAGGGAGCAAGCCAGAGCUUCCCGAGUGUGAUGAUAAUGAUGAUGAGUUGGCCGACAUUACAAACAGAAGAAGUGCUAAACUAUAUAUGGUGUCAGAUGCAAGUGGAUCCAUGAAGGUGUCCCUGAUAGCAGAGGAAAACCCUUUCUCCAUGGCUAUGCUUUUGUCUGAGGAGUGUUUCAUUUUGGACAAUGGUGCUGCAAGGAAGAUCUUUGUGUGGAAAGGCAAAGAUGCUAACCCACAAGAGAGAAAAGCUGCCAUGAAGAAUGCUGAACAAUUCAUACAGCAGAUGAAUUAUCCUGCCAACACACAGAUUCAAGUCCUUCCAGAAGGAGGUGAAACACCAAUUUUCAAACAAUUUUUUAAAGACUGGAAGGAUAAAGAUCAAAGUGAUGGCUUUGGCAAAGUGUAUGUCACAGAGAGAGUGGCUAAAAUUGAGCAGAUUGAAUUUGAUGCUACCAAGUUACAUGAGUCUCCACAAAUGGCUGCCCAGCAUAACAUGGUAGAUGACGGUUCAGGGAAAGUAGAGAUCUGGCGUGUGGAAAGUAGUGGCAGAGUUCCUGUGGGACCUGAGACAUAUGGACAGUUCUAUGGUGGCGACUGCUACAUUAUCCUCUACACUUACCCUAAAGGGCAGAUCAUCUACACAUGGCAAGGAGCCCAUGCUACAAAAGAUGAACUGACUGCGUCUGCAUUUCUGACUGUUCAGCUGGAUCGGUUAUUGAAUGGUCAGGCUGUGCAGAUCCGAGUCAGCCAAGGCAAAGAGCCUGCACAUUUACUGAGCUUGUUCAAAAACAAACCACUUGUUGUCUACAAGGAUGGGACAUCCAGGAAGGAAGGUCAGAAACCUGCUCCACCCACACGACUCUUCCAAAUCCGCAGGAACUUGGCAGCCAUUACUAGGAUUGCGGAGGUUGAUGUUGAUGCAAUGUCUCUAAACUCUAAUGAUGUCUUUGUUCUGAAACUGCCAAACAACUCUGGCUACACCUGGGUAGGAAAAGGAUCAAACAAAGAAGAGGAAUAUGGAGCUCAAUACAUUGCCAGCAUUCUUAAUUGCCAGACUGCUAAGAUUAAUGAAGGCCAGGAACCCGACGAAUUCUGGAAAGCACUUGGAGGUAAAAAAAGAUACCAGACAUCAUCACAACUCUUAACAAAGGCUGAAGAUCACCCCCCUCGCCUGUAUGGUUGUUCUAACAAGACUGGCAGAUUUAUUAUUGAGGAGGUCCCAGGAGAAUUCACUCAGGAUGAUUUGGCUGAAGAUGAUGUCAUGUUGCUGGAUGCUUGGGAGCAGGUUUUUGUCUGGAUCGGGAAAGAUGCUAAUGAAACUGAGCGACAGGAAUCCGUUAAAUCUGCCAAACGCUAUAUUGAAACAGAUCCUUCUGGCAGAGAUAAGGGGACCUCCAUUGUCAUCGUGAAGCAGGGGCAUGAACCCCCAACAUUCACAGGCUGGUUCCUGGCAUGGGACUCCAACAAGUGGAAGAACUGAUCUAUCCAAGGAGGCUCCAGCUUCAAGCCUUCAAGCCAAAGAAUGAUCAGAGCCCAGCUACUUUCUGGUAUUUUUAAGCAUAAACUUAUGCAGCAAUAUGAUGCACCUUUCCCAAGCUUUUGUAUCUUUCUGUGGAUAACGUAGAAAUUCUUAGCACUGGAAAGGAUAAAUAACAAUUGUAAACUUGUCAAAUGGGGUGAGUGGGGCUCUUGUUGUAGUAAAUGUGGAAAGUGCUACCAAUGCUUUGUUUAAUCUAUUGAUUCUUCAAACAGAAGCUGUGGGUCAGUUUAUUUUAAUGGGCUAAAAUGGGUUACAAUUUGCCUUCACUUAAAAAUCUAAACUAAUCUAAACUAAUGCCACAGAAAUUCCUUUAGAUUAAGGUCAGCAUAAUAUUGUGCACAAUUUGGCCUGAUAAAGGACUAAUUCUACAUCUUUUGUAGAACUGGACCUGGUUUACUUACUAGGCCAAAGUAUUGCCGCACUCAGGUAAAAUUUCAGAUGACGCCUGAUCCAGAGGGGAAGCUGUGUCUUGCAGGUGGCAAAUAAGGGGUGGGUAUUUUGAGAAAGCUGUGCUUAACAUGUUUGUCUUGUUAGUACAUAUAUAUAUAUAUGUUUGGAGCUUUGGGCUGAAUGGCUGUAAGAAUAUGAAGUCGACAAAAGGGUUUUUUUAGGGACUGUCUAGCUCAUCGUAAUGAACUUUAGAUUUAUCUCUGGGAACCACCUCCAGCUCCAGCAGGUCUUUUUAACCAAAGCUCUUAAACACAUUCCUAGAGCACUAGUGCUUUUAUGCGGAAGCAGAACAAGUAACAGCUUCAAAAAUAUGUACUCUGUCUUAACCACAUUGAACUUAAGCCAUACUUUGUCUUGGUUGCCUUACUUAGCAGUACUCAGUACUUUUCCAGCAUGCAGACUGCUCACCUUGUAAGCUGCAGGAUGUGUUUCUAAGUACAUCCAUCAAGCAUUAGGAAACCUCUUGUUCCAAUAGUGUUUCACAUCCUGGGAAUUUGGAGUGUGAGUACACACCAUAGAAUAUAGCCUUUUCUCUCUGUUUUUUUGGCUUUUUUUAUUCUGGUGAAUUUAAGAGUACGUUUUCGAAGUGGUUUUUAUUUGUAAUUUAGUCAGAAGAGUCUACAUAAGGACAGUGGGGAAAAUUCUGCUUGAAAUCUUUAGCACUGCUAUGGUCACUUACCCUAUAAUGCUUGUUUUAAACAACAAUUUGUACAGUUUUGUAUCAUGUCAAUGUGGCUUAUUAAUGAAGGCAUUUCAACAGUUUUAUUAUUCUUGUAAGUUAGGGUGGAAAGUGAAAUUGAAGACAUUUUUGUAUUUUUUUUAACAUGAUUGUGAUUUUGAAUCUGGGUAAUGCGAAAGAGUAAAUUUAGUCUGAGCUUAUAAUCAAUAUCAAUGACAAAAGAAUUGUGAAGCUAAGAGAUUAAUUACAGGAGUUUGUUAGCUUUAAACAUUUGUCUAAAUUUCUGCUAAUAUAACUGGGCUGUAUCUGAAUGCAAUUUCAUUUAAAAUUAAAUUACAAAAACCAGUA